UCAAACAUUAUGAGAAUCUUCCCUUGCAGGAAGUCUCACGUUCUUAGCUCUAUUUCAUUGACGGGAUUUUAGGUUUCCGAAUCACUACCUGCUUCUGAAUUUUUAUUCGAGAAGGAAGGCUUUCAAAUCCAGGUCGCUAUCUCCUUUAGCUAGAUUGGGUGUUUUGGCGGACAUUGCUUCCCGUUAGCGCGGUUAGGGUUAUCUGUGAAGAUAUUUUCUCAAGGAUUCCGAAUUAUUGUGGUGAUUUAAUGCUGUAUAAUUUCCACAUUUGAUUCAUGGAGGACCUGUCUUUUGGAACUUCUCGAUCUGUGAGGUUCUGUGGAUCGAGGCUGCGCAUCUUCAUUUGUGUUCCUGUGUUUCUAGUCUGAAGAUCUCGAAUGUAGUUUGUCCUAGAUCUCUUUGGUUGGUGAUUGAAGGGAUCUAGGGCAAAGUGAGUUCUGAAGAAGCUCUGGCAUCGUCAUUGUUCUUGGAAAUUGUAUGGAGGUCUUUAGCCACAUUCCUCCUAUUGCCAUUAGUUUUACACUUCUUGUGCUUCUUUUGGCAUGGGACUGUAAAGCUCAAUCUCCCAGCAGUAAUAUUACCUUAGCAAGGCAAUUGGAUUCGCUUCUUCAAAACUAUGCUUAUGGUGCUUUUGACCACCCACGCACCGGAACUCCUUAUGAUGGUGUCGCCCCUUCUAAUCUCACUGGUAUCAAAGUAGCCGUGCUAAGGCUUAGGUGUGGAAGUUUGAGGACUAGGGGAUUCCGCCAUUACAAGGAGUUUGAUAUUCCCACUGGUGUCAUUGUUCAACCUUAUGUGAAGAGGCUUGCUUUUGUUUACCAAAAUUUAGGAAACUGGUCAUCUUUCUAUUAUCCACUUCAGGGAUAUACCUAUCUUGCUCCAGUUCUAGGGCUUCUUGCUUAUAGUGCUGUCAAUAUAUCUGCCAUUGGCUUAUCUGAGCUUGAUAUCCUGGCUUCAAGUUCACCCAUAUCAAUCAAAUUUGCAGAUGUAAGGCCUGCAUUAAGUGGAUUCACAGUGAAGUGUGUAAAGUUUGAUUUAAAUGGUACGAGAGAGCUCACAGAUCUUAACUCAGGCAAUGUUUGUACUACAUUUCGGCAGGGACACUUCUCCAUUGUGGUUAAUUCUUCUGGUAUUGCUCCCGCUCCUGCUCCAAACCCCAUUCCUAGUCCUGGUAAAGGGCACAAAUUCAAGGCUUGGAAGAUUGUUGUUUCUGCUGUUGGCGGGUUUGUUGGAUUGCUUCUGCUGAUUUUGUUAGUUGCUUGUCUGGCGUCAUACAGAAAGAAAAAGAAAUUGAUGGAGAUGCAAAAAAGGGAAGAAGUUGGUGAGGUUUUGCAGAUGGGGCAAGUUGGGAAUACCCGAGUGCCAGUUGCCCCAAUGACACGAACACAACCUGUUAUUGAAAAUGAUUAUGUGCCUUGAACUGAAUUUAUAUUUUACGUUCUUUGAUGGUAUUUAGAAACAGGCUGUGGAGAGCCUUUCCUUUGGAAUAUUUGAUGUGUACAGUCCCUGAGGAGAUGACAAUUGUUAUGUUCUUUGAGGGUUUGAUAUGGAUUCAGUUCAUAACUUCGACCUCAUUUGAUGUCAAUAUGUGCAUUCUACUGGGGUUAAAUCCAUUUUUCCAUUUUGUUUGUUCCAGUCCUGAUCAAUGAAUUAACGCUGCCUUCUGGGAUUACAAAGGCUUGGUGGAAAAAAAUGUUUUCUUCAAUGUUCAGCGCAACGCAAGAACUUUUGAAGGCAUGCUAAAUUACAAUCUUGCUGAGUCAACA